AUGGACCACCCAGAGAGUUCCACUCUGGAUUCACAUUCGCCCAGAGCUUUCCAUGAUGACCACCAUGGCAGCCAACCCCUCGACAGCGCCAGCGACUGCCUCUCCGACGAAACGGUAGACCAUCUCGAACCCCUCGAACUCACCCGCAUCAACACCUACCGACUCCAGCAAAAGACCACCGUGGGCUCCACACGCGGCCCUGCACCCCGCGAUGCAUGGCUACCCAUGGGCGCCGGCAAGGAAUACCCUCCCUUACUUCCCGAUCCGGAAACAUUCGUCGUCGAAUUCGAUGGAGCGGAGGAUCCCCUACACCCAUACAACUGGUCCAUGACCCGAAGAAUCUUCCUGGUCUGCAUCCUCUGCUACGGCACCUUCGCCGGCUCAUUCGCCAGUGCCGUCUUCUCCGCAGCCAUUGCCUCCACCAGCAAGGAAUUCCACGUCAGCCAGGAAGUCGGCUCGCUCGGCGUCACACUGUACGUGCUCGGCUUCGCCGCUGGGCCAACCAUCUGGGCCCCUGCGUCGGAGCUCAUCGGACGGCGCUGGCCGCUGUCCCUGGGCCUCCUGGGGUGCGGGAUUUUCACUGUGGGCUGCGCAACGGGGAAGGACUUUCAGACUCUCAUGAUCUGCCGGUUCUUCGCGGGCUUGUUCGCCGCGAGCCCGAUCGCCGUUGUGCCUGCUGUCUUUGCGGAUCUUUUCAACAAUGCGCAGCGCGGGAUCGUCAUGUCCAUCUUCUGCAUGGCCGUCUUCAUCGGUCCGUUUGCGGCGCCGUUUGUUGGUGGGUUCAUCACGAUGAGUGCGCUCGGUUGGCGCUGGACGAUGUACAUCUCUGCGAUAAUGGUGUUGGUGGGAUUUGUGCUCGUUGUGCUGUUCCUGAAUGAGACGUAUGCGCCUGUUAUUCUGGUGCGCAAGGCGGCGACGCUGCGGCGGCAGACGCAUAAUUGGGGUAUCCAUGCGAAGCAGGAUGAGGUGGAGGUUGAUUUCCACGAGCUGGUGCGGAAUAAUUUUACCAGGCCGUUGAAGAUGCUGUUCACAGAGCCGAUUCUGCUGCUUAUCUCACUGUAUAUCUCGUUUAUCUACGGGCUCAUCUAUGCCCUGCUCGGUGCAUACCCUGUCGUCUUCCAGGGGGUGUACGGGAUGAACAUGGGCGAGGGGGGACUGGCGUUCGUCGGCCUGAUCGUUGGAGAAUUACUGGGUGGCAUCUUCAUUCUGUUCCUUCAAGGCUCGUAUAUCAAGAAGCUGGCUGCGAAUGGAGACGUUCCUGUGCCUGAGUGGCGUCUUCCCCCGGCUAUUGUGGGAGGAAUCACCUUUGCUGCAGGCAUGUUUUGGUUCGGCUGGACUGGCUAUACCUCGUCUAUUCACUGGAUGGUGCCUAUUUCCUCUGGCAUUCUGACUGGCUUCGGCAUCUUCUGCAUCUUCCUGCAGUGCUUCAACUACAUCGUUGACUGCUAUCCUACUUUUACCAGGGCUGCUUCCACGAUCGCAGCAAACACUAUCCUCCGUUCCGCAGUCGGAUGCGCAUUUCCCCUAUUCUCUCGACAGAUGAUGGAGAAUCUUGGCGUCCAAUGGGCUGGGACGAUGCUGGGCUGCAUUGCAGCAGUAAUGGUGCCGAUUCCAAUUGCAUUCAUGGUGUACGGCCCUUGGCUGAGAAGUAAGAGUCGAUCGGCCGGUGCUCCUGUCUAUCCGGAGACACAAAAGCAGUACGACGUUUGA